AUGCUCUGUCUCCGGUGCAGGGCCCUGCCCUCUGCCUUUAAGGCUCCUGCUGCGCCAAUUGCUCGAUUCCAAACUCCCCGAGCAAUCCAACCCACCCCCUUCCGCACCCUCUCAACAAUCCACACCCCCCAACAAUCCGUCCUCUCCGCCAUCCGCCGCCCCUCCGCGUUCACCUCUCCCUCUCCCUCUUCAUCUCUCUCCCCGAGUCUUCCUCUCUCGCCUAGUCUCGCCCUCCAAACCCGGUCUUUCUCAGCGAGUGCCCCCCUGACCGGCAAGCGCGCAACGUACAACCCGUCGCGACGGGUGCAGAAACGCCGUCAUGGGUUCUUGGCGCGCCUGCGCUCUCGUGGGGGGAGAUUGAUUAUCCAGCGGAGGAGGGCUAAGGGGAGGAAGAGUCUUAGUUGGUGAUCUAUUGGUUUAUUCUGGCUCUUGAUGUUAUCUUAGGGGGUGAAUACUUCUUCGAUCUUGGCUUGUCUUGAUUUGGUCAAGGGAAAGGGAAGGGAAGGACUGGGGAUGAUGAUCGCCUGAUCGCUACAGGCUUUCUUUUCUGUCCUGGGUUGUGUUCUUAUAGAUGUGUUUUCUUAUUUUAUUCUCUCGAUUACGGGCCGAGGCCUACUGCUGAGUUCGUGCUCUUGAGAUAUGUCUUGCUGUGCCCUGCCUGGCCCACCCCGUGUACUAUACAUACAUACAUAUGUAC